AUGAACGACGGCUGGAACGUCGACCCGGAGGAUCACGAUCAGCUGCUCGAGGACGCUGACGGCAACUCGUUUGAGGACUCGGAGCGCUUCGAGGACGAUUCGAUUUGCUCGUGGCACUCGCAGGAAUCCCUCGUCGGCGCGCAGAAUUGGCGCGGUUGGCAGGACGACGCGUCGGAUGAUGACGCCGGGCACUUUUUGCGGGAGCCGCAGCAGCAACCGGCGGCUGCAGCGGUGGUGGAGCCCCAGGCUGGACCUGACCCUGCCGCUGUAGCGUCGACUUCUCAAGUGGUCAACGUUGCUGCCUCGCCGGUCCUCACCCUACAGACACUUUGUGCCCAGCACUGUGCCGAGCAACAUUCCUAUGUCUCCCUCCAGGACCAGUAUCAGAAUCUCGUGGAGACUAACAUCCACAACCCCAACACCAUCUACAAGCCGGGCACACUUCCGGAGAGUAUCUUGGUCGACAUCACCCGGCGGUGUUUCCCGAAAAGUGAGGAGAACAUGAGGAUGUACAGCUGUCUGGCCACGCGCAACGGCAACGAGUUCCUCUACGGCGAGAUGUUGCUGGAGCGGGAGUUCGUGUCGGACGUCGUGCAAAUCGGGUUCCUGCUGACGGGCACCGUCAACGGGUCGGUGUGCGUCGACACCGAGCAGGGCACCCAGUUUCCACCCGGCAUCUUCCAGGUGUCCGCCAAGAUUGAUAGGUGCCGUAUCGUGGAGCUAGAGUGUCGAUGUGCCACGCAGACGCAAUGGUGCCAGCAUACGGUAGCGCUGUGCCUCUACAGGAUGCGAAGGGCCGGGCUGGUAGCCUACCGCCCACCACUCAGCGACACCAUCAUCAGCGCGUCACAGGAGAAGCUGCAGAUUUUUGUGUGCAACUUGCUGGACAUGAUGCCACGGCAGUUCCUUCCCUCCGCCCAACAACUUCUCGACGUGCUGGGCAAGUUGAAAGAGAAGGAGGAGAUCCAGCAGUACGGCUAUACGGAUCCAACGAUUUCGAAUCUGAAGGGGCGUGCCAUCUGGGCCGUCAACGAGGAAGGACUGCAGGAGAACAUUCGGAAGAGCAUCAACAAGUUUUGCAUGCCGGCGCCGCAGGUGCAUUGUGACGUCCAAAUGCUAUCGAACCAGCAGCCGGCGAUCGCCUCCGACUGGACGGCCCUCCUCCGACCACUCCGGAGUCGAGAACCAGAAGCGCUCUGGAACCUGCUCUCCAUCACCCGGGAGAUGUUCAGACGGCGCGACGAGAACGCGUCCAACUUGUUGCACAUGAUCACCGAGCAAUGCCUAUCCCAUCCGCAAGUGCUGACGUGGUGGUACAUCACCAAGCUGUCGCAGACCGGGAAGUGGGCAUGGCUGGGGGCGAAGGGCACCGCCAUCCUCCCCAACCAACACCCAGCCCUCAACUGCUCGGAGAUCUGCGACGAGAUCGUCCGUCUCUGGCGAUGCGCAGCCCUGAACCCGGCCAUCACGGCGCGCGAACGUCAAGCGUUGAUCACCUACCUGCAAGGCGCCCACCGGAUGGCCUGCGAAAACGUGUGGAAGGCGAUCAAGACGAGCGCCGACAGCCUUCCCCAUGUCGGCUUCAACGGGAUGAUGGACGAGAGGGGGAUGAGGCUGAGCGACAGCACCGUCCGCUUCACCAAGACGUUGUUCCCCGGGUUUUACGGGGCAUUGGAGGGAUGCCAGUUGAUCUGGACCGAUGCGCAACUUGACGGUGUUGAUGUUGCUCACCCGCAGAUGAUCGACCGAUCUCCAUCCCUACCCGCCGAGGGAGCCGAGUUGGACCCGGCCGAUUUCCCGAACCUGCCGUUCCUCCAGAAACGCACCGUACCCCGGCCCGUUACACCGUUGUGUACGGUAUCCGCCUACGGGGGUGGCAUCUACCCGUUCGAGUACUAUGCCCAGAAGGAGAAGAAGAAAAAGAAGAAGAAGCGUCAACUGGGUGGUGGUAUGGCGAGACGGAACCACCGAAGGGUCCAGCCCAGAGCGUACAUGCCCGAGUUCUUCGACGGGCCAUCGUUGCGGUUGGCGGCUAGGCAGGGGGCGAGAAGUUCUAGAGCCAGCCGCCUCCACCGCGCCAACGAUCCCCAGGAAGAGGAGAGCACGGAGAGCGGCCAGGAAAGCGAUCUCCCGCCAAACAUUGCCCUCGUCGCCAGCGAUGAUCAACAACCUGGCCCCUCUCAGGCCGGAGGAGCGGGAGGGCCCCAAUUCCCGCAAGGGGACGUGGAGAUGCUGCUCGCCUCUGCCCACGAACAGAUCGACGGGCUGGAGCUGAAGUUUGCGCGUUGUGAGGCGCUGUACGGGCACGGCUACGAGCGACAGGCGAUGGCCAAAGCGCUCGAGCUGGUUGCCUGCUUGAGCUCGUCGCCGCCCGACUUGUCUGCCGCGGCUGCGUUGCUGAACUUUGUCGGGCGUGGCGGGGAGAUCCUGAACAACGAUCCGGCUAAUAAAAUGACGCUCUUCCACUUUUUGCUGUUCAUCCUCGAGUUGCCGCAGUGUCCGAUGGCCAAUCGACAUCUUCAAGUCAAAUUUUAUCACUUGGAGUCCGAGCUGCUGCUCCUCCUGCGCAGCGUGCAAAUCGGCCGCGAAGAGCUCCCGAUAAUCCGGGAACGAGCCACCCGUCUCCAUGCCAAAGCCUCCAAACCCUCGCUCCAUCCCCCAUCCGUGGCCCUCUGCCACUACAUCUACGACUCGCUGUCGUACACGUUCAACCUCUUCCCAAAUGGGCCCCACGGACCGAGCUUUGGCACUCCACAGGAUACCGGCCGCGAGCCCAGCGACGACAUUCUGGCGAUGAAGUUGGCGUUGAGCGCGUUGGGAAGUAUGCAGGUAUAUUCUGAAGAAGACUGUCCGAUGUUGGCCGAGUCGAUUCGACGGCAGAAGGGCGAGCUGACGAUGGCCUUGCUGGCGAGGCAUCGUGAUUCGAAUGAGAUGAUUGGCCAUGUUCUGGAUAAGCUGUUGGAUCCGAGGAUACAUUUGAUGUAUAAUCCAAUGCGCCACCAAUCGAACGCGUGCUAUUUCCUGGAGCAAGAAUCUUCGUACGUACGCCAUUGCGCGAAAGGCGCACGACCUCACUACCCCCUGAACCAUCGUCUGGAGACCCCCCAAGAUUCGUCGACCCCGGGCACCGUACUGGUAUCCCGCUCUGCCUCUUGCCAAUCGGCCGAGAGCUCGGGCUCGGAAGCGGCUGAGCCGGUUGAGGAGGAUGAGGUCGAGCUGGUGGCCAGGAUGAUGGCACGAUGCCCACAAACUUCGGCCCUGCAACGACAGGCUUCAUCUUCGGACUCGAAUGAGAGGAAUAGCCCGCAGCCGUCAGUAUCGUCGGCUGGGUUGUCGGUUGGGUGUAAUGAGGUUACCGAUACCGACGAUUCCAUCGGACUCGAACUCUUCAAAAAGCGCUCACGAUGGGCAUCGCUUUGUGGAGGCGGUGGCCGACCCAGCGAGGCCCUCGUCCACUUCUACAUGGAAUUGGCGAAGAAGGUUUUGGUCGAGGCGGGCGGAUCCCAGCGGAACGAUCACUUCAACCUACCUCCCAACCAACCCAACAACCCGAAUCAUCAUGCGAACAAUCGACGGCUCUACAUUGCCUCGUUCCUGAUCGGCCUCUACGCGCUGGGGCUGAACAACGAGUUUGUGAACACGAAUUGGCAGACGAGGAACUACAGUACGCAUGUGUCAUGGUUGACCGACCAUAGUAUGGAUAUUGGUGUGGCCGCCCUGGAAAUCCUAAAAGACACUUGGCGACGCCAUCUAAUCCCGCAGGAAGUGGCGAUAAUCGCGAGUCAGGCGAGCAACAGCCGUGAUGCUCAAACAGUGUCGCAUGGCGCUGAACUGGCAAUGUCGGCACUGUCUGAUGCGUUUGCUCUCCCAAGAGAUCUGUGUGUGAAGGCCUUACUGCAAUGCAAGGAGCAUUCACCGCAACUUUUGGAGAUGGCAUGCCGGGCUGUGGAACAGGCGGCUGCUUCCGCUUCCGAAGGUGUCCCCCCAGAAGUCCUUUUCACCGUCUCAAACCACUGGUAUUACCUCCACCAACAAGCCGAACCCCCGAGACAAGGCCCAUCCACCUCCAACCAGCAUCCCCCACCACGACCCCCGACAACCAUGCCCCAAUUCCCGAUGCCGCCCUUCAACGCGCCAGGGUUUGGCGGGCCGCUCCCGCUGGGGUAUAUGGUCAGUUACAAGCCGGCCCACCAACUACCCGCCUUCUUCCACCCGAACUUGCCGCCCCCGCUGCCGCCGCAGCAAUUUUUGGGUGCGGCGCAUCAGCAUCGGCCCCACACCGUGUAUCUGCAGCCUCAACAGCUGCCCCAGGUGUACCCACCUGCCGGCCCGAGCGACAACUCUCGAGCUCCGAUCCACCAGAGCCACUCGGCACCCUCGCUGCUGCCCUGCCAACUGACAGCUCCACCUCAUCCACCGCAACCUCAUGAUCCACCCCAACAAUUUGCCCUUCAUCCCCCACCACCACCGUAUCCCGGGGAUCGGACACCCGAACGGCUCGAGGCUGCGUUUACUACCGGGAUCAAGGCGUUGGAGGCGAUGGGGAAGCGGAGGUGUCAGGAUGAUAUGAGGAAUCCGUUGAAAUAUGCGAAGAACUCCAUGAUGGGCGAUGAGGUGAUGCUCCUCUCCGGCAUUGCCCGCGAGCUCGACAUGAAAACCCGAAGCCCGAACGCUUCGUUCUCGGUGGCCUUCUACCGCCUGGCCGCCCGCACCGUUCCCUCGCCCUAUGUGCUGCACAAGCUGGCGCUGAACAGUCGAGAAUUGGCCCAGCUUUUUCCGCUGACACAGUAUCCACAAGGCCAGGGCCCGCCAGCACAUCCACGCUAUAACCCUCCGCCCACAAAGUUGCACUACCAGAUGUGGAGUCAGAUCCGCGUCGCGUUCACCGGCUAUUUCCACCCGGUGACCGGCGAGCUGUACGCGGCGUGUCUAGAGGCCUUCUACGCGGCUCUCACCUUCAAGGUGACGCACCCAAGGCUCGGGGACCCGGAUCGGGAUGAGGCGAAUAGACUGGUGAUCGAGACGGCGGAGACGAUCAAGCAGAUACCACCUCCGAAUCUGCAGCAUCAGCUACGCGAGGACUUCUUCCGCCACAUCCGGGCCGUCACCAAGAACAAGGAGCUGAAGACGCAGCUAGUGUCGACCUUGAACACGGCUAUCACCGGCACACAGCCACACAGAUGCGAGCCCAGCUCGAAUAGCCAU